GUAGAUUAGUGAUGCAUGCCUAGUUUCUGGACACCAAUUUGUGCACAGAGGAGAGAGAACUGCCUUUCUAUAUUUCUUCCCAGCGAUGGGCUGCUCUGGAAGAUGGAUGGUCUGGGUCCUGACUGUGUGUUUUACCCCUCUUGAGAUUGCGGCACUGAGGGUAACCAUGCGGGAAUCCAGCCUGGAAGUGGUUCAAGGCGAUUUUGUCAUUCUGCCCUGCUCCUUCUUCACCACGAGUCCCCUGUCCAGACUCAAUGUUAUCUGGACCCUAGCACCCUUUUCCAGUCCAGAGUCCCCAAUACAGGUGAUUGUGUAUGACCACGGCCAGGUGAUUGAAGACCCCUCCCUCAUUGGCAGGGUGGCAUUUGCAGGUAUUCCCUGGAGUGCAGAUAUUAUCCUGAAUGACACGCGGAUAUCAGAUGCUGGUAUUUACCGCUGCAUGGUGAACAACCCACCGGAGGCAGGAGACCCCGGCAUCGGAGAGCUCGUCCUCACUGUUUUAGCGCCACCCUCGCUGCCUGCGUGCCAGUGGGACGGAGACAUUGAGCUUGGGGGAAGUGUGACUCUCUCCUGCACGGUGGCUGAGGGUGUCCCUGCUCCUGAAAUACACUGGGACAAGCUGAAUCCAGAGGAGAUCUCGCUCCCCGUCAAUAUGGAGGGGGAUCUAUCUGGCACCGUCCAAAUUGUGAACGUGUCAUCUCAGACAUCUGGACUGUACCGCUGCUCCGCCUCUAAUGUCCUGGGAACUCAGAACUGCUACGUCAACCUGUCCAUCUACAGCCCUCCGGAGAGGUCCUCGGGGAUACUGCAGGGCGUGCUGCUGACCCUGUCCAUGACCCUGGUGCUGUUGGCUCUGCUGGUGCUCGUGCUGUGGCUCCAUCGCACCGGGCAGGAUGGCAAAUGGAAGGACGGGAAAGACGAAGAGGACGAGUGCUACAAUGAGAUACGGUACACUCCCUCACUGAUGAAGCGCUCCUUUGUUUGAUUUUCCCACCAUCCACAGCGGUAGGAGAAAAGACACUGAGGAAACAAGACAUUUCCUGGACUCUGUUUGUUUCAACUAGAUAUUGAAACUUUAGUCAUGCUACCUAGCUCCCUGCAUACCAUUGCAUCGCUGUACUGCGCCCUGUGAAGGAAUCACAUUUUUACAAUAAAAGAGAGUUCUGUUAAGUAAUA